CACCCCCGAACGUUCAUAAUUCAAAUUUUUUUCAUGAACUUUUUUUAAAAGACUGACGAUAGUUAGAACGUUACAUUCUUCUUGACACCCUCCUCCCCCCCCCCCCCCUAUGUUACAUUUUGUUACAAUUUUUCAACCCCCCCCCCCCCCCCCCCCUCCCCUCUAAAAUGCGAACGUAAUAAGUGAACGACCCCACAGUAAUUUUACUCAAUUAUUCACUUGUUGGCCAGCAUUUAAAUUGUUAUAAGUUCCAAAUAUAUUGUCACAAUCAUCAUCAUUAUAGAUUUCCAAGAAACACGUCAUGCACAUAUGCAUGCUUUACUUACAAUCGAUAGAAGUUAAUGAAUGAAAAAUUUCAAUUUGCAUGUCUUUUUCUUUCAAUAGUCUACGAACCUUCAAUCAUUCUCAAAUGCCACCUUGACGAUUGAUAAUCAUGAUGAUUAUGUUGUUUAAUUUCAUGCAAUUAAAAUAAAUAAGUUAAGAAGAUUUAGAACUCAAAUAUAAAAAGAACUUGAUUUGCUGGGAAUAUUCUUAUUGUUCGUUCUGAUCUCGUGAUAUAAUGUUGUGGAAAAUCAUCUCUGUAGCUUGUUUCGUUGCGUUGCUUGUUAAAGCGGAUAUGAAAAGUGAUGUGGAUGUGUUUAAUAAGAAUUACAAUAGGAACCAACGAAAUGCCAGAGAUUACUUGUUAAGGAGUUUUGACAUAGUUCCAUCGAAUUUUCCAGAACCAAGUUGGAAGGCAAGUGCAACAUUAACAAGUGGAAAUACAGAAGCAGACGCAGAAGCUGAAGAUAGUGGGUCAGUGUCUGGAGAAAUAACAUUCAAACAAUGGAAUUUUAAUGCCCCAAUUCAAGUCUAUGUGAAUAUUACUGGUCUGAAACCUGGAAAGCAUGCUUUACAUAUCCAUGCAUUUGGAGACAUUUCAGAUGGAUGUAAGUCGACUGGACCACAUUUUCGACACAGCAUUGUGGGAAAUGUUGAGGCAAAUGAAGAAGGAAAAAUUGAUAUCAAGUUUAAUACUUUGGCAUUGAAUCUAUUUGGAUUGACUGGCAUUUUGGGUCGAUCUAUUGUCGUGCAUGAAAAACCAUCAGAAUUUCUGAGAUAUCCAGACUUGUUCACGCCAGAAUCACAAUUUGUGGAUCUAGGAAUCAGCUAUCAAACUGAAGAGGAUUCUGUUGGAGAACGUUUAGCAUGCGGAAUAAUUACCAUAACAAGCAACAUUCCAUAACUCAAUUUAAUAAUAUUAAUUGUUUUUACCAAGAUACUUAUCAUGUAGUAAUAAUAAAAAAUAUCGGAAUCAAUCUGAACCUUCAUUUCCGACCCUUAUAAAUUAACGCAAAUAAAGUGAUUAUACUCAAUGAAUUUUACAGUAACAAUAGCUGUGAGAAAAAGCUGUACGAAAAAGAUUAUUAUGUGUGUAAGUGAAUAGGUUUUCAGCAUAUACAGGAACAAUGCUUGUCUUUCGUACAUGCUGAAAGAGUUAAAAUUCACUUUGUUUUACACAUGUCUAUAGCACGAUAAUGAACACCAAAGAUAAGGAAAACAUGCUUUAGUAGUUUUGCAUCGUGCAUCUU